AUGUCUAACAGCAACAACAACCACAUCAACGGCGGUAUACCUCCUCUUGAGGUGGCCAUCGUGGGGGGUGGCAUAGUCGGUGUCAUGACGGCGCUGGGCCUGCAUCGUCGGGGCAUCAAGGCGACAAUCUACGAGCGCGCAUCGACCUACACCGAGGUCAGCGCCGGAUUUGCCUUCACUGAGGCGGCUCGAAGGUGGAUGGAACAGCUAAACCCUGAUCUCCUAGAGAUCUUGGGCCGUAUCAGCCAGAAGACAGACGCCAAUUCCAGCAACAGUUACUGGGACGGCUAUAAUCCACGAACACGAGAGGACGCCGAGGAUGAGUCCAAGGCUCUGCUCUUCCGGACACCUAAUAACAAGCUCUUGUUCUGGGGCUGCGUGCGCUCGCAAUUCCUCAAGGAAAUGGGGGCCCUACUACCCGAGGGGGCUGCCGUGUUCGGCAAGCAGCUCCUGAGCUACGAAGACGACGAAAAGAACAACAAGGUCGUUCUUCACUUUGAAGAUGGUACCACGGCAAAGGCUGAUGUUUUGCUUGGCUGUGACGGCGUCCACUCGAGCACCCGGAAAAACAUGCUGGGUCCUGACCACCCAGCUAGCCGACCGGGCUACACGCACAACGUUACCUACCGCACCAUGGUUCCUAUUGACGUCGGUGUUUCUGCCAUGGGCGAGAAGACUGCUCAAGGCGGCUGCAUGCACUGCGGCCCAAAUGCAUGCCUCCUAACAUAUCCUGUCCAAAGCGGAACACUGCUGAACAUCGCCAUCUUCGCUUACGAUGCCGAGGAGUUCCCUGAUCCCAAAAGGAUGACAGCUCCGGCUAAUCGUAGCGAGAUCGAGAAAAUCUUCAAGGACUGGUGUCCUCACGCGGCAAACGUUUGGAAGCUCUACCCAGAGAAAAUGAUCAAAUGGGGGAUCUACGAUAUGACCCAAAACCCUCCACCAACAUAUGCAAGCGGCCGUGUCUGCAUCGUCGGCGACGCUGCGCACGCUAGCACUCCAUUCCUGGGGAUCGGCGCCUGCACGGGUGUCGAAGACGCCCUCGUGGUCUGCAAGGUUCUAGAGUCUGUGCAGGCUCGACGAGAGACCCUGAACGGCGAGACUGCCGCUGAUGCUCUCAGAGAAGCGCUACAGACCUAUAGCCGAGCCAGGUUAGAGCGUGGCCAAUGGGUCCCUCGCAACUCUGGUCAGAUUGGUCGGAUGUACCAGUGGCGGGAUGGGCGGGACCCUGAGGGGCUUCAGCAGAAACUGGCGAAGGCCGCGCAGGCGAUUGUGAGCUAUGAUGUCUUGGCGCCGUUGGCAGCUUGA